GUUCAAAAGACUUGAAAUUUUGUGGCGGAUGAUAGGUAGCAAUUAGAAAACCUUCAAGUUGGAAGUAUGUCCGAAGAGAAUGGUUUGAAUGGUGAUAAAAAGACCCACCAGGCCAACAUGUCAACGAAUCAUUCACCAGUAUAUGUGACAAAUGAAAACCCAGUCCUAGGAAAAACCAAUGGCCAACAUGAUUUUCAAAAGAACAAUGGCGGAGAAGAGGCUACUAACUCUAACACUGUUCCAUAUUACAAGCUCUUCUCCUUUGCAGAUUCCAAGGAUGUUGUAUUGAUGACUAUUGGCACAAUUGGAGCUCUUGGAAAUGGUGUCUCCAUGCCCCUCAUGACUGUACUUUUUGGGAAGCUAAUUGAUUCCUUUGGAGAAAAUGCCAACACUAGCCAUGUGGUUCAUGCAGUUUCCCAGGUAUCCUUAAGGUUUGUUUACUUGGCUGUGUAUACAGGUGUUGCAUCAUUCUUGCAGGUGGCCUGUUGGAUGGUUACAGGGGAAAGACAAGCAGCACGGAUAAGGAAUCUAUACUUAAAAACCAUAUUGGGGCAAGAUAUAAGUUUCUAUGACAAGGAAACAAACACUGGAGAAGUUGUAGGGAGGAUGUCAGGUGAUACUAUUCUCAUUCAAGAUGCCAUGGGUGAGAAGGUUGCCAAGUUUAUACAGCUUACAUCAGCUUUUAUAGGAGGCAUUCUUGUAGCUUUUAUUAAAGGGUGGCUUCUCACCCUUAUUCUGUUGUCAUCUGUUCCUGCUCUUGUGGUAUCUGGUGCAGUGACAUCCAUCAUUACAUUCAAGAUGGCAUCCUGUAGACAAACUGCUUAUUCACAAGCAUCAGUUGUAGUAGAACAGACAGUUGGCUCAAUAAGGACUGUUGCAUCAUUUACUGGAGAGAAGCAAGCUAUUUCUAAGUAUAAUAAAUCUCUAAUGAAUGCUUACAAGUCUGGUGUUCGUGAGGGAUUGGCAAUUGGAUUAGGUACUGGCAUGGUUAUGUUUGUGGUAUUCUGCAGUUAUGCUUUGGCUUUAUGGCAUAGUGGAAGACUGAUACUAGAUAAAGGAUAUACAGGAGGUGAUGUCAUUAACAUAAUUUUUGCUCUAUUGACUGGCUCCGUGAAUCUGGGUCAGGCAUCUCCGUGCCUUGCUGCAUUUUCUGCUGGACAAGCUGCUGCAUUUAAAAUGUUCAAGACAAUCGAAAGAAAACCUGAUAUAAAUGCUUAUGAUAGUCAUGGAUGCAUGUUAAAUGAUAUUUGUGGUGACAUUGAGUUAAGAGAUGUUUGCUUCAGUUACCCAAUUAGACCAGAAGAGCAAAUAUUCAAUGGAUUCUCUCUCUCCAUUCCUAGUGGCAGAACUGCAGCUUUGGUUGGACAAAGUGGAAGUGGGAAGUCUACAGUGGUUAGUUUGAUUGAGAGAUUUUAUGAUCCACAAGAGGGUGAAGUUCUUAUAGAUGGUAUAAACCUCAAGGAGUUUCAACUAAGAUGGAUGAGAAGGAAAAUUGGGCUUGUCAGCCAGGAAUCUGUGCUGUUUGCUUGCAGUAUCAAAGACAAUAUUGCCUAUGGGAAAGAAGAUGCAACUAUAGAAGAAGUCAGAGCUGCUGCUGAGCUUGCCAAUGCUGCCAAAUUCAUAGAUAAGCUACCUCAGGGAUUGGACACUAUGGUUGGUGAGAAUGGCACUCAGCUGUCCGGAGGCCAAAAGCAAAGAAUUGCAAUUGCUAGAGCAAUCUUGAAAGACCCACGGAUUCUACUUCUAGAUGAAGCUACAAGCGCACUUGAUGCAGAAUCUGAAAGAAUUGUGCAAGAGGCGCUUGACAGGGUCAUGGUCAAUAGAACUACUGUCAUUGUGGCUCAUCGCUUAAGUACUGUGAGGAAUGCUGAUAUAAUUGCUGUCAUUCAUCAGGGAAAGAUUGUUGAAAAGGGCUCACACUCAGAGCUGCUUAAGGAUUGCAGUGGAGUAUAUUGCCAGCUUAUACACCUUCAAGAAAUGAACCAAGAGUCAGAACAGCAUGCGAUAAGUGUUGAAGACAGACCAGAAAUUACGAUGGAUUCUGGCAGGCCAUUGAGUGAACUAAUGUCAUUCAUGGAUUCCAUAAGUCUAGAGUCAUCUGGGGCUGGACAUAGUAGCUACCACUCCUCAGUUUCAUUUGGCUUACCUACUGGACCCAAAAUCCAAGAAAACGCAACUGCAGAACCUAGAAGCCUGCCUGAAGCACCACCAAAACAGUCUCAAGAAGUCCCACUCCACCGGCUUGCCUAUCUCAACAAGCCAGAGAUCCCAGUGAUGCUACUUGGUGUUAUAUUUGCAGUCAUCAAUGGCUCUAUCUUUCCAGUUUUUAGUAUAUUACUUUCUAGCAUAAUCAAAACAUUCUACAAACCCCCAAGUGAGCUUCGGAGGGAUUUACAGUUUUGGGCUUUGAUGUUUGUCAUACUUGGGCUGACAACAUUAGUAGCAUCUCUUGCACGGACAUACUUUUUUGCUGUGGCUGGGUGUAAGUUAGUAAAACGGGUACGGUCAAUGUGCUUUGAAAAGGUUGUUCUCAUGGAGAUUGGUUGGUUCGAUGAUCCUGAGCACUCAAGUGGUGCAAUUGGUGCAAAGCUUUCUGCAGAUGCAGCAACCGUCCGCAGUUUGGUCGGUGAUGCACUUGCUCAGCUUGUUCAGAACACCGCAACGGCAAUUGCUGGUUUGAUUAUUGCUUUUGAAGCUAAUUGGCAACUCGCUCUUAUAUUCCUUGCUUUGUUGCCUAUGAUAGGAACUAAUGGAUGGAUUCAGACGAAGUUCAAGAAAGGAUUCAGUGCAGAUGCAAAGCUGAUGUACGAGGAAGCAAGUCAAGUGGCUAAAGAUGCAGUUGGGAGUAUAAGAACAGUUGCUUCUUUCUGUGCUGAAGAUAAGGUGAUGAAACUGUACAAAAAGAAAUGUGAAGGCCCUUUGAGGGCAGGGAUGAGGCAAGGGGUAAUAAGUGGAGUUGGUUUUGGGCUUUCUUCUUUCUUUCUGUAUACUGUAUAUGCAACUAUUUUCUAUGCUGGAGCCCGACUUGUCGAGGAUGGAAAGACAACAUUCUCCAAGGUUUUCCAUGUUUUCUUUGCUCUUACCAUGGCUGCUACAAGGAUUUCUCAAUCUAGCUCUUUCAUAAAUGAUGCCAUUAAGGCCAAGACUUCUACUGCUUCAAUAUUUUCUAUUCUUGAUCGAAAGUCGAAGAUAGACCCAGGUGAUGGGUCUGGAAUGACAUUAGAAAAUGUGAAGGGAGAAAUAGAGUUUCGGCAUGUCUGCUUUAGGUAUCCCAGAAGGCCUGACAUUCAGAUUUUCCGAGAUCUUUGCUUGACAAUUCAUUCUGGCCAGACAGUUGCCUUGGUUGGAGAAAGUGGAUGUGGGAAAUCGACAAUAAUCUCCUUGUUGCAGAGAUUUUAUGAACCGAAUUCAGGUCUCAUCACUCUGGAUGGGAUUGAAAUUCAGAAGUUUCAACUGAAGUGGUUGAGGCAACAGAUGGGAUUAGUGAGCCAGGAACCAGUUUUGUUCAAUGACACAAUCAGAGCCAACAUUGCUUAUGGGAAGGAAGGAAAUGCAUCAGAAGCAGAGAUUUUGGCUGCAGCAGAGUUGGCAAAUGCCCAUGAGUUCAUUUGUGGAUUGCAACAGGGGUAUGACACGAUAGUAGGAGAAAAAGGAGCGCAAUUGUCGGGAGGGCAGAAGCAAAGAGUGGGAAUAGCCCGUGCAAUGGUGAAGGGAUCAAAGAUAUUACUCCUAGAUGAGGCGACAAGCGCACUUGAUGUGGAAUCAGAACGAGUGGUACAGGAAGCAUUGGACCGGGUCAUGGUGGGCCGGACGGCAGUGAUGGUGGCUCACCGGUUGUCAACAAUUAAAGGUGCUGAUCUAAUAGCGGUAGUGGAAAAUGGAGUCAUUGUGGAGAGAGGAAAGCAUGAGAAUCUGAUCAAUAUUCAAGAUGGUGUUUAUGCCUCUUUGGUAGCACUUCAAACGAGUGUUAGAUGUCAGCACUAGCAGGGGAGUCCGGUUUUCUUGCAAUACUAGCGGGGAUCCGGGCUUUGUUGAGUGAAAGUGAAUG